UCAGGCUGCCAACAAUGAUGAAGAAUGUCUUGAUGAGGAAAAGGCCAACGAAGAUGCCAUCGACUGGGGAGACAGAUCCCAUGAGCCAGUGAUCUCCCCCCCUCCUAAUACACUGUACAAAGUGAUGGCCACCCACGCAUACCGGGGAGAGGAUUUAGAUGAGUUGGACCUUGAAGCCGGUGAAGUCAUCUAUGUCAUACCUUAUGAUAGCCCUGAAGAGCAGGAUGAAGGAUGGCAGAUGGGAAUCAAGGCUUCCAAUGGUAUCCAGGGAGUCUUCCCUGAGAAUUUCACCCAAAAACUUUAG